CAUCAGGUAUUUGUGCAAAUAAAAACAAAAAUAAGGGCAAAUUUCUAACAUACUUCAAAAUUUUGGCUCCAUUUUGUGCUAAACAAUUUUAGUUUUCAUUUCCCACUCAAUUUUUGUGCUUCUUUUUUCCCCUUUCUACUCGGCACAACAAGUCUCUAUUGCAGCUCAAUGUUGACUUUUUGGCUUGAACAUACCGUUUUGAUAGCCAUUGUGCUCAUGAAAUAAAGCCAAGGCUCAAGAAGACUAAUCAAUUACAUCAUGCUGAAUGCAUCACCUUUCGUUUAAUAUGUAAAUGUUGAACAAGCGAAACAAGUACGGAAUUAUUUUUGUUGAACGUUUUGGUAAUCUUUGAAGUAGCACAACAUACGGGCACCGAUCAUCUAGUUUCCAUUAAAAGCCCAGGUUGAACAUUAGAGGGAGAACGGGCGGGAAAAUCAGCAAAUUUGGAUCUCCUUACUGGGGAAGAGUUCAGAGUUCACCUGAAGGAUGGAGAGAAUCCACGUGUCAGUGAGAGCCAGGCCUCUCUCGCCGGAAGAUGCAAAGUCCAGUCCCUGGCGAAUCUCCGGGAACUCUAUCUUCAUUCCCAACCAGCCUGCCAAGUUCGAAUUUGAUAGAAUUUUCGGGGAUGAAUGCAGAACACUUGAAAUCUACAAAGAUCGAACUAAAAAUAUAGUGUCUGGUGCAAUUCAAGGAUUUAAUGGGACUGUUUUUGCAUAUGGUCAGACAAGUAGUGGAAAAACACAUACUAUGAGAGGAUCAGCAACUGAACCUGGAGUCAUCCCUAUGGCCGUGCAAGAUCUGUUUAAUUUCAUUGAAGAGGAAAUGGAUAGAGAGUUUCUUCUGCGGAUGUCGUAUAUGGAAAUCUAUAAUGAGGAGAUAAAUGAUUUGUUGGCUCCUGAGCACCGGAAGUUGCAAAUCCAUGAAAGUAUAGAGCGAGGCAUAUUUGUUGCUGGUUUAAGGGAGGAAAUUGUUGCCUCUCCUGAUCAAGUGCUUGAGCUCAUGGAUUUUGGAGAAUCUCAUCGACAUAUUGGAGAAACUAAUAUGAAUACAUACAGCAGUAGAUCACACACAAUUUUCCGGAUGAUAAUUGAGAGUAGGGAGAAGGCUGAAGAUGCAAAUAGAGAGAAUUCUUGUGAUGCAGUCCGUGUAUCUGUUCUGAACCUGGUGGACCUUGCUGGUUCAGAACGUGUUGCCAAAACCGGAGCGGAAGGUGUUCGUCUAAAAGAAGGCUCCCACAUCAACAAAAGCUUGAUGACUUUAGGAACUGUGAUUAAAAAACUAAGUGAAGGUGCUGAGAGUCAAGGGAGUCACGUUCCAUAUCGAGACAGUAAACUAACGCGUAUCUUGCAACCUGCACUGGGUGGAAAUGCAAACACUGCCAUCAUAUGUAAUAUCACUCUUGCCCAGAUUCAUGCUGAUGAGACUAAGAGUAGUCUUCAAUUCGCUAGCAGGGCAUUGCGGGUUACAAAUUGUGUUCACGUGAAUGAGAUACUGACUGAUGCUGCAUUGCUAAAGCGUCAAAAGAAGGAGAUUGAGGAGCUGCGAGCUAAAUUUCAGGCGACACACUCAGAACAUCUUGAUGAAGAAAUACUGAAUCUCCGGAAUACUUUACUGAAGAGCGAAUUGGAGCGGGAACGAAUUGCAUUAGAAUUGGAGGAGGAAAAGAAAGCUCAAGCUGAAAGGGAUAAGAGGUUACAAGAGCAAGCCAAGAAAAUUGAGAACUUGAGUUCUAUGGUGCUAUGCUCAAAUAGGGAUGAGGGUCGUGAUACCUAUAAAAAGGAAAAACGGCGAUAUACAUGGUGCCCAGGUAAACUUUCAAGGGAGGCUUUGAAGGAGGAGUUGAACUCCGCAGUCAAAGAGAAGGCUUCUGUAGUCAAAGCCAAAAGGAUAAAACAUGACAUUGGACCCUUACUUCCUUUUGAAGAACUAUUAGAUGCUGAGAGCAAUGGAGACUCUGGCAAGCAAGAAGACAAUUCAACGAGUAAUCAAUUAGAAGACUGUACCCUCCCUGACCCGCAGGCUUUGUUGCAUGUGACUAGCAGGAGAAAAGGAGCCUCUAGGAAAAAAAGCUCCUCAAUGCAGGAAGACAGUGAAUUGCUGGAACUUCAAAGGGAGCAUGAGGAGUUGCUUUUAAAUUUUGAAUCACAUAAAACCGUGAGUGAGAUAAAGAUUGACUAUCUAACAAGGAAGCUUUUAGAGGCUGACAUUCAUCUAGUCGAUGGUUCUGAGCAAGAGGACAAUUCUUUGAUGCACUUGAAUGGGAGCAAAACUUUGAGAGAGUCGGAAGCUAUUUUGGUGAUUAAGCAGCUCCAAGAGAAGAUCACUUUGUUAGAAAUGGAGAGAUCCUCAAGCCAACACAAUUUGGACUCUGUUGUUGAGAUAGCAACUGAGCAGACCAUAUCUGCAAGAGAGAAGCAUGAAGAGCUUUUCCAAGAGCUUUUGAGUGCAAAACUUGAGGCACAACGGGCUUGUGAACAGCUUGCUUCAAUGCAAUCUGCAGUAGUGCUUGUUGAGGAUAGCAUGAACUCUGAAACCGAGCUGAUGAGGGAGGUUCAAGAUUUGAUGUCAGAAUUUGAAAAUUCACGAACAUUAAUUGAUUCAUUCGUUCCAGUGGUAGAGGAACUUUUCCUGUCUUUCUCUGCCAUAUCCAAACUAGUUCCUGAUUUAAAGUCUUCAGCACUUGACAAUUCCAACCAAAUUAAAUUUAUAAUUAGAAACUAUGAGAAACUACAAGCUCUCUUGAGGCAAAAGAUCAAUGUAGUUCAGGAUGAAAAGAUUCUACUGGACAAUCAGUCUUUUGAUCUGCAUGAUCAAAUAGAAGAACUGAAAAGAGCUAUGGGAGAUUCUGGAAAUGCAUUAACAGAAAUCUCUGAAAAGUAUGAAGCAGAAAAAUCUGAACACCUUUCUCAGAUUCAAAGUCUUCAAAAGCAACUAUCAUGCUUAUCUUCUAAUUCCUUAGUCAGAGAGAAGGAAAACAUUAGAAAAGAUUUGGAGAAAACAAAAGCAAAGUUGAAAGACACAGAAUCCAAACUUAGGAAUGCCAUCCAGGAGAAGACAAAACUUGAGGGUGAAAGAGCUUGUGCUGAGAGGGAAAUUAAACGCUUAAAUGGUCAGAGGGCUAUUAUUGAGCGUGACAUCAAUAAGCGAGACUCGAUCAUCGGAAGAAGGCGUGAUUCAGUUGUUGAUAGGAGCUCUAAUGUGUUUGACUCCAAAAGAGCCAAGAAUUCCUCUGUUUGUGUUGAACAUGUGCAGGAGGAGUACAGGAAGCUGGAAGUGCUGGCAUUUGAGAUGGAGACAACUAUUGCUUCUUUGGAAGAGGAAUUAACAAUUUCUCAUGCAGAAAAAGAAGAAGCCAAUUCUAGAGCAGAAAAUUUGGCAUGUGAAUUGCAGGCUUUAUCUGACGAGUUGAAUAUAUCAAAUACAGAACUAAGUAUGCUGAAGGAAGAGGUGUCAUGCCUUAGAUUAUGUUCGGAAGAAUCUGAAUCACGAUGUCAGGGAUUGGAAACUUCUGUCAGCCUUUUGGUAGAAGAAAAGGAAGAAUUAGCUAUGCAACUCACUGAUGCCCUUUUGUCAAUGGAGGAGGAAAAGGCCAUAUGGUUUGCAAGGGAGAAAGCUACAGUUGAAGCAAUCAAUGAAAAGGCAAAAUCUUAUAGUGCUGAUCUCGCCAAUGUGUCACAGAAAAUGACAGAGGUGACAAAUGAACUUGAGAGUUGUAGAAUUCAGUGCAAACUCCUUGAGGAGAGAUUGGUUGUCUCAGAAAAUAAUGUACUGUUGGAAAAAAGUUUCAGUGAAGAGAAAUUACUAGAGAUCGAUCAACUUAGACUUGGCCUGAGAGUUGCUGAGGAACAAUGUAGAAGUUCUCAAGAGAUGCUGAAACUGGAGCGUCAGGAUCUGUGCAAGGAAGUAGAAAGGCUUCAGAUGGAGUUAAGCAUGCUUAGCAAAGAAAGAGUAGAUCUAUUAGCCCGUAUUAGAGAAUCGGAGGCGGAGCCAAUUCAAAGAGAUGACUUUCAGCUGUCAAAUUUAAAACAUGAAGUCGAGCAGCUCAAUGAGAAGCUUUCAGCUUUGGAGGUCAAAAUGCAUAAUGAUGAAGUCAACCACAGCAAUGGGAAAGCUAAGCUGAGAAUGAGACUUAGAGGGGCACAAGCAAAAUUGGAUGCAUUUCGGGUAAGAUACAAAGAGGCGCUGGAUGAGAUAGACUUUAUGAACAAGAAGUUCGAGGCUGCUUCAUCAAAGCUGAAAGAUCAAUUAGCUUCAAGUGGUCUUGAAAUCCUCAACCUCAAGAAGCAGCUUGCUUCCUCAAGGGGUCCCUGAUUGGUUAAUAUAUACGGACAUCUGUCUAAAUACAUAUAUGCUCGGAUGAUAUGAAUAUGAUAUCUUAACUAACCAUUAAUAUCUAUACCACAAUAGUUAGUAAAUGAUGUUGUCAUUACUAGACUUUUUGGCCUCUUUGUAAGUUUUUGUCAGGGGCUGUAUUUGUAGAUAAGAUAUACCGGGCUUUUAUUUGCAGUGCUGAUGAAUAUAACAUGUUACCAAUUUCAAAAAACUUUAAGCCUGUAAUGCAUCAAUACAUCAGAGAGGUAAAGUUCAUCUACUGAUAUGUCAGUUGGAAAAGCAAAUUGCCAUUAGAUGACUGUUCUUGAAGAUUAGCAAUCUUGUUCUGCCAAAUGACGUCCUUGAUAUAAAUAAAGCAAUGCAAAUCUUGAGAAUUACUAGUAAGUCGAGCUUAUUAAGAUUCUUGCACUUAAGAGUCAGAAGUUGGAUUAUCGACUUCCUGUAGAUUGUUGAAACUAAGUGAAGAAGAGUGAAAUUAGAGCUGAGAGACUAGUAGUUCCUGUUAAGAAUGGUUUGUCAUGCUUUCUAUAAUAUUUUGCCUUGGCUUCUUCA